AUGGAUACUGAACCAGGGCCAACUGCUAAUACUGCCUCAAGCGAUCCACCAUCGGCAACGAAUCCUUCCUCUGAAGCAACCAGAAAGAAUAGCAUUGGCGCCCAACCGGUUAAUAAUGCCAAGUCGAGUCGUCGUCCACUGCCAAGGCAAAUGUCAACUAUCAAGGCAGCCGAUGUGCGUGCAAGAUUUCGGGAAGAUGUAUAUGGCGAUCAUGAACAUACCAUUCAUAGUCACCGGAACCGUGAAAAGUCUUUCAAAAUGAUCCGCCAUCUCAAAGAGCAGCAGAUACGGCAGGUGGCAUCAAACUGGUUCAAAAGGCUGCGAAAGGAGACAGCAGAUCCCGCUGUUGUGCAAAACAUGUCUGAUCCCGCUCAAGUCCUCGCCCAUAAAUAUGGUAAAUGCGGUGAUGUGCUUGGAUGGGGUGCUUUUGGUACUAUCCGUGCUUCCUACAAGAUCGACGAGAAGAAUCCGAGUAGCAAGCAAGUCUUUGCAAUAAAAGAGCACAAACAGCUCGAAGGAGAAUCACAGGAAAAGUACCAUAGGCGCGUAGUUUCAGAAUUCCGCAUCUCAUCAUCGCUACACCACCAAAAUAUUCUUGCUACUUUGGAUCUUCUGCAGGACGACAAGGGCGUGGAAUGCCAGAUUAUGGAGUACUUUCCUGGGGAGGAAUUGCACUCAGUUAUCCUGCAUGCUGGUGAACUUGAAGAGACAGAAGCUGAUUGCUUCUUCAAACAGUUGAUACAAGGACUAGUAUAUAUGCAUGAGAUGGGCGUGGCACAUCGCGACCUCAAGCCCGAGAACGUCCUCCUAACUACGAGUGGGUUAGUCAAGAUCAUCGACUUUGGGAAUGCAGAAUGUUUCCGUGCAGCCUGGGAGACAGAAGCACGCAUGAGUUCUGGAGUCUGCGGCUCUUUGCCUUAUAUCGCUCCAGAGGAGUUUACACUCGAGGAAUUUGACCCCCGCCCGCUAGACGUGUGGGCUUGCGGUAUGAUCUACAUGGCCAUGCGAACCGGGGAGAAUCCGUGGCGCGCUGCAAAGCCGGAAGAAGAUGCAAAAUAUCAGCAAUACGUCACAAAGCGCAAGACAGAAGCUGGCUACGAGCCGAUUGAAUGUCUGAGACGUCGCCAAUGCCGAAAUGUCGUUUACUCUAUCCUCGAGCCUAGUCCCAUACGCCGUUUGACAGCCCACCAAGUUCGAUCGUCUGAAUGGGUUCAGCAGAUUCCGCUUUGCUGUAGAGACACGACAAAUGACUAA